AUGGGUAGCCCUACCACAAACCCACAAGCAUGGAGCGAUUAUUUGACACGAGAAUUUUUGACUCAUGCAAACUUAACUGACACCUCCUCCACGCUAACGAAGUACACAGAAGAUAGCUCACUUAUUUCCACUUUAUAUUCCAUGCUUGAAGAGCUUUCUUCUUUUGAUAGUGGUAAUGAACCAAUUUACUUAACAGUCAAAACAACUCUGGAGCAAGAAACAAAACGAAAGCAAGAAGCUGAGCUUCGUAUCAAGAUUGAAAAAGAAAAGAAAGCCAAAAUUUUAGAAGAAAGAAGACGAAGAGAACUUAGAAGAGCAGCCUCUAUUCAGCAACAACAAGACGAUUGGACGAUUGGAGCUGCUGUUGUUGGUGUUUUAGGUGCAACUGCCUUGGCGGCUGUUGGAAUUUAUGCUCUAUUCAAACCUUCACGAGAUGAUAAGAGAUAA